AUUGGGCAAAAGCAUGAUGAUCCUGUCAUCCCACAUACCAUAUCAAAGGAGAAUUUAGAGGCAAUUAAAAACACAAUUGAAAGCCUGAAGUUGGUUGCAAUACAGCAAAAGCAGAACAUGUCAAGUGGUGUAAAGCUUGAUGGAACAAAAGAGGCAGUUCUAACUGAGAAAACAGAGCAUGUAGAUGAUAAUCAAACUGACACUUCUAAAGAGUUUCUGGGAACAGGCAAGUCAUCAGAAGAAAAUAUAACUGAGAUGCGUGACAAUAAAGAAUUGGAAUCAAAUAUUUCAGAUGAACAGGAUUUGUCUAAUACAUCCCCUCUCACAGAACAUAAAUCUGCAGCUGAAUAUGAGAAAGAGUUGCGGCUUCUUAAUCAGUGGUACAGAUUGGAUGAAAAUUAUGUCCCAAGUGUUUACAGCCUGCAGCCCAUCAGCACAUUUUACAAGGACAUAUUCAGCAAGGAUCCUGUACGCAAGCAGCAAGCUAAAAGCAAAUGGCUGAGCUCUUUUCAGAAGCUACAUAAGAUACUUCAGGAAUAUGCUUCAAUUGCUGUUGGCCAAGACACAGCGAGUAUGCUACUUAAAACAGUUUUGCAGCAAGAGGUUGAUCAAGGGCUCUGUGUCCACGGCUCUCCUGAAGAUCAUUGUCACUGCUUCAAGAGGGACAUCUGUGACUUACAAUUCAACUUGUCCAGAAAACAAGCUUCAAAAUAUAUUGAUGUCCAUCCUCUGAAACCAGAGAUUAAUAUAGGAAUGUAUGAAGCACACCAGAACUUCAUAAAAAGCAUUUAUACAAGGCUCCAUCACACUAAUAUAUAUGAAAAAAGUAUUAGCUGGGGAAAAAGGGGGAUUGAUCCUGCCAGCAACAGAUCCCGUGCCUACUACCUUGAACGCCUCUGCAAUGACUUUCAAAAAAUAGUCAUCACUCACUUCAGCAGGCUGAUCAAAUCAAAAAAAAUUCCAGAUGUGUUGGAUGCAAGGAGAAGAAAGCAAAUACUCCAAAUUCACAGGGAUGAAGAGAUCCUAGAACACAUCCAGCAUUGCCAGGGACUGGACCUCAGAGUCAUAAUCCGAUUUAUUGGUGUUACUGGUGAAAGCAGAAAUGUCCGAUUGGUUCUCUUAAGCCUUUGCUACCAAAUUGCUGACAUUUACCAGAUCUCCAUAAACUUAUCAGAGGAUUUUGAAGCAUUGGUUCAGGAGUUUGCCUCAUUGCUGGAAUUUGCUACAAAGGAUAAAGCACUUCUGAUAAGUCUGGAUGGUUUAGAUGAGCUGUCUGAGGAAUAUGGAGCUGACCUAUCCUGGAUACCCACAAAACUACCUGAAAAUGUAUAUUUUAUGGUUUCUACAUCCACAGAAUCAAACUGCUCAUGCUUAAAAGCAUUGAAGGAAAUUGGAGUAGAACAGAAUAUUCUACAAAUACCUUCUCUUACAUCUACAGAAAUAAAUCAUCUUAUCACUUGCUGGUUGAAAAGAGAUUGUCGAAUACUCUCAACUUACCAGCAGCAACUCUUAAUAGAGGCUUGUGUAGCCUGCCCACUACCACUCUAUAUGUUUUGUGCCUAUAAAGAAUCAUUCUUGUGGACAUCGUUUAGCCUAGAGACAGAGGUAUAUCUUCCUCCAGAUCUAUCUAAAAUGUACUCAUGGUUAAUGGAAAAAAUGGAAAAAAACCAUGGAGAGCAAGUCAUCAAAAGAAUGGCAGCCUACAUCACUCUGUCAAAAAAUGGUAUAGCGCUGGAAGAACUGCUUGAUCUCUUGUCCCUGGAUGAAACAGUAAUGCAGGAAAUAACAAAAUAUCAGAAGGUCUCCGUUUUAGCAUUCCCCCAAGUGUUAUGGAUGAAAAUUCAGAAAGAUUUUGGAGAACAUCUGGUAGAACAAAGGAGUGAAAACACCUACGUUUUCAGCUGGGCUCAUUCAUUUCUGAAGCAUAUCUGUAUGGAGCGAUACCUGAAAACAUGUGAUUUGCAGCUGUCUUUGCAUGCUGCUUUUGCAGAUUACUACCUGGGACACAAGGCUCCCAAAAUAAAUGGUGAAAUGACCACUUCCCAACCUCUGGCCUGGGUUUUGAAGAAGGAAUCCAAAGUCAGUUAUGUUUUCAACCUUCGCAAGCUUGUUGGAACUUCAUAUCACCUGAUCAAAUCUAAUAAUAUUCCCAUGUUAAUAACAGAAUGCUUGUUUAACUAUGAGUUUCUUUUACAUAAAGCAUGUGCUUUAUCAGUGAUCAGCAUAGAAGAGGAUUUAAAAGCAGCUGCUAGUGUUGAGAGGACAUUACUUGACUUGAAUCUGUUAAGUGAAACUCUCAAGUUAUCCAAGAAAGUUUUACUAAAGGACCCAUAUCAGCUGGCUUCACAGCUUAUAGGUCGUCUGCAUCAAAUUGUAGCUGCAGAUAAACCAGUAGCACCAGGUGAUCCUAAAAAAUACCAGCACUUGCCAGCUCUGCUAUCUCAGUGCCAAGAGUCUUCCACCCCUGUUCUUGUGCCUUCGACAACUUGUCUUCUGGCCCCUGGUGGCCUUCUUUGUGAACUUCUGCCAGGUCAUAUGGACAAGAUCACAGCAGUUGCAGAAACCCAGAAGGAUCUCAUGGUUGUGACAGCAUCUCAGGAUGGCACUCUGAAAUACUGGGAUUUGAACACUGGUAAAGCCACCUUAACUUUGUGCGGGGCUGGGAAGAACAUUGGCUCUAUUACUGUGUGCCAAGAGAAUAGGCUGGUUGCAGUGACUGAAAACAACUCCUUUAAAAUCUGGGAUCUUUCCCUGGGAAAAGUGAUCUAUAAAGCUGAUGGUUUUCCAGACACUCCAAUACUGACAUCUGCAAUGAAUGGGCAAUUCCUUUUGGUCUUUUUUGAUGGAAGCCUGUUAGUCAAGGUGUUUGAUUUGACUGAUUCAUGCCAGCUGCUCCAUGAAGCACACAUUUCUGCAGAAGAUGAUGCCCCUGUACACAAGAAUCACUCCGUACUGGUAUCAAAGAAUUCAGUGAAAGACUAUGUCCUCUGUGCUUACAGGAGUGGAAAAGAAGCUAUGGUGUUCAGUGCCAAAAAGGGACAGGUGACUGCUAAAUUGACAAGUCAAGAAUCAGUAGUUGCAGUUGAAGGAGUAGCCAUAACUAAGGAAUACUUCCUUGUCAUCUUCAGAUGCCCCUUCAUGGGACAGCAGGAUAUUGUUCAUAUAGAACUCUUCAGUGUUGGUACCUUUGUCUACACUCACACACUGAAGGGUUGCUGCAAUGAUUUUAUUUCCACCUACUUCAUUAAUCACCUGGGGUCCCAUCUUGUGGCAUUCAGCUCUAUACCAAACACCAGCACCACUGAGAUAAUAAUAUGGAAUCUGGAAUCUGAAGAGCAUAAGCAUCUGGCCAAAUUACCUUCAGUCCCUGUUGGUGGUGUGUGCUCUGAUCUUCAUUACUGUUUAGCUUUUUGUGAUGGAGAGAAUUGCCUUCAAUCAUGGAACUUGGCUUCCAAGAUCAACGACCAGUCUUUGACUGUUACUGCAAACAAGCCAAAGAAAAUCAGUGGAAUUCAGGAUAUUGUAACUAUACAGAACUAUCCCAGGCAAGUGCAGAAAAAAGACUGUUCUUUGAUUUAGAGAACUCCUCCCUGUUUCAGAGCUGUCAGGCAGCAUUUUAGGCAAGAUGUUAGAUUUGGGAAACCACCAGUAAAGUCUUUCAAAGGAGAUGUUUCUCCACUCUUUUUCCUUGUAAACUGUGUGCUAUUUUGGGAGAGAAUCUAUAAAUCAUUUAUGUUAAACUAUCUGAUUUAAAUUGCACACUGCUUGAGGCAGAGUCCUUUUGUACUUGUAUGUACCCUA